GGGGCAUACCAAACUCCGCACAGUGAUCGUUACUGUUCCGGAACUAUUUUGUUUUACUCCAUUAGUGUAGAGUAGUAUGCGGAUUAGAACUGGAACUGCCGAAGAUUUGGUUGACAACUGAACCCCGAAAAUGACAAGAAAAUGUUUACGUGUAUUGAAUACCCUUUUCAUAUUAGUAUAUGGCAUUGCAUGCACCAAAGUAUUCUUCAAAGGAACAAACAUUAAUUUCGGACUGGUACAAUACAGGAACGCCGUUGAUAUCUCGAAACAAAAAACUAUGUCACAUUGCAUGAUCCUAUGUAAACGAAAUAUUAAAUGCAUGACAUUUUUCUACAAUGCUAAGACAGGUGAAUGUGUUUUACACUCUAAGACGUUUAAAUACAAUCAGCCGGAGUUGAACAGUGGUAAUUGGAAGAUGUAUCUUUUCGAAGUUGCUGACACUAGAUGCGUUUCAAACGCUUCAGGAUUUUUGUACUAUCGAUCUCUUGAUUUGUGCUACAAUUUUAAUGCAGAACACUACAUCGACUACACUGGACACUUUCUCCCGACGUGUGCCUCAUACGGUGCCGAACUACUUAGAAUUGAAUCACAAGAUCGGCAAACAUAUGUUGAACAUAUAUUAGAAGGAAGGCCUACUACUAGGGUAGCAAUACAAGGACGUUCAGAAAGCCCUGGAUUCGUUUGGACAUUAUUUGAUGGAAGCCCUUUAUCAUACACAAAUUGGAGAUUACCGGGACCAUUGACGGGAGAUUAUUAUGUCCAGAUAUUUGAAGAGGAUCAGUGGACUGAACAACGCAAUUUUAAUGUAGACAAAGAUGCGAUUUUUUUAUGUGAAAUACGAUAAGUAUAUCAUAGAAUUGGAUUCUGAAAACUGAAAAUCAUGGUAACUUUUCGGUACAAAAUGCUUCAGAGCAUAACACCGGUUUACUUAAUUUUCAUUGUAUAUAUUGUAUCUAUAUGAUCUGAUU